AACAAUUAAAUGAAGAGCAAGUAAACGAGAAAGAAGUCCAAGAAGUUAAAGAAGUCACAGAAGUUAAAGAAAGAGAAAUCAAAAUACAAGAAAACGAAAUCAAAGAAGUCAUAGAAGUUAAAGAAAAAGAAAACGAAGUUAACAAAGUUAACGAAGUCAAAGAAAAAGAAGUUAACGAAAUUAACGAAGUCAAAGAAAACGAAGUUAACGAAGUCAAAGAAAAAGAAGUUAACGAAAUUAACGAACUGGCUAAUUCUUCAGUUUCGUCUUUACCCGAUUUGUCCCAAUUCGUCUUUACUUCUAAAGAUAUCACAAUCGCUAAAAGUUCCUUGGAUUUAGUACUUAAAUAUUUCAAAGAAUCUAAACUUAAUCGAGAUAUAUGUUCUAAAGGAUUAGAAAUUGCUCAAAGAAGUAAAUUAAUAUUCGAUGGAAUUGCAAAAGAAAUUUUGAAGCGACAACAGUCUUCUUCGCUACCAAAAAUAGCCGACACAGAAGCCACCACUACAGGUGCCACCGCUACAGGUGCCACCACUACAGGAACUACCACUACAGAAGCCACCACUACAGGAACCACCACUACAGAAACCACCACUACAGGAACCACCAUCACAGAAACCACCACCACAGAAACCACCACCACAGAAACUAAACUUAAACUUUCUCUGUCUUCCAAAUUUUCUCAAUCUCAACCGCCUACAAAUUUGACACCCUCAACUUCUGGAAGUUUCGAAAGUUUCGUCGAACAAUGUGAUCAAUUUUAUAAAUUUGGUGAUUGUCUAUGGAAUAUUUCUACUUUCUUUAGUUAUUCUAUAAAUGAAGAUCUUGAGAUGAGAGAAAAGAUUUUAGAUCUCAUUGAAGAAUUAGACACUGCCACUAUUGAAUUAAAUGAAAAGAUAGAAGAGUGGAAGUUGAAAAAUGGUAGUAGAUGGGGUAGCGUUAGAAAUAAAAUCAAAGUAUUAGCUAAAUUUUCAAUAAUGAGAAAUAAUUCAAUCGCGCUUUUAAAGGAAAAAGAUAUUAAAGAUUGUAAAAUUCCAGUGGAUAUAUUAAAAACUCAGAGACAAGAUAUUGAAAAUUCUAGUGAUACUAUCACCAACAAUUCAGAUGAUAAUAAACCAAUAUUAAAAGGAA